GCCUAGGCUGGUCCCUGUCGUGGGACAUCGCCGCCGAAGUGCAUUUCCCAGGCAGGAGAAGGGAACAGCUGGCACUGGUGGGCAUCGGGAGCCACUUUCCUAGCGCCUCCUCUCGCUCUGUGCCCAUUGCCCACCCUGUGGGGUGCCCGCGUGCCAGGGCGUUUGGGGACGGUGGGAGUGGGAGCUGGGGGAGCAGCACGUUUAGGGUCAAAGCCCACCGAACCCGCAGAGUGCCCGGCACAUGAGGGUUGUGCGCUGGGGGCUGCGAGCCGUGCCCGCUGCCUGCCUGGCCGCGCAUCCCCGCUGAGGGUGCAGUGCAGAUGCUGGGAGGAAUCGCCGCGUCCCAGUGACUCAGCCCAACACGCCGAAUCCUCGGCUGGAGGAAUGCUUUGUCUGCCUGCCAUCGCCUCUGUGCACGCCCACGCGCCAGGCCGGGAGGAUGCGCCAGCAGUCAAGUUUGGGCUGAGGGAUCUCAUGGGCUGCCAAAUCAGUGGGGAGUUGCUCAGAGACAGUGGGCAAGCUCUGGGACGUGCCCGGAGCCCCGGGGCAUGGACCACACAGUGUUUGUCUAAGCAGUCUAUUUCUCAGCACGGACUCGCUGGGUUUGUCUCCGGCUCGCUCUCCUGCCCCUGGGGACUGGCGUGAGAGCUGUGCAGGCAGGGUGUGUGCAGCCCCACACUGCGACAGGGGGAACCAAACGGUCUCUGCCUCGCCAGCGUGGCUGGCCUCGGCUCCACGCAGGAUUCUGAGCUUCACUCUCCUACCGUGGCUCUCUUGCAGGGUUUUUGAGCAGCUGAGCACCACCUGCAGAGGACAAGAUGUUUGGAGGAAAAAUGAGCAGCGUCGGGAAGAAGCUGAUCCGCCGGCGCAUGGUGGAUCUGAGCUCCGAGGAGACGCGUUUCGCUCGCUGCCUCUCCACACUGGACCUCAUAGCCCUGGGGGUGGGCAGCACGCUGGGGGCUGGUGUGUACGUGCUGGCCGGGGAAGUGGCCAAGGAUAGGGCUGGUCCCUCCAUCGUCCUCUGCUUCCUGGUGGCUGCACUCUCUUCGGUACUGGCUGGGCUCUGCUACGCAGAGUUUGGGGCCCGCGUCCCCAAGACUGGCUCUGCCUACCUCUACAGCUACGUGACAGUCGGCGAGAUCUGGGCUUUUACGACUGGCUGGAACCUCAUCCUGUCCUACGUGAUAGGUACGGCCAGUGUGGCCCGAGCGUGGAGCGCAGCGUUUGACAACAUCAUCGGCAACCACAUCUCCACCUUCUUCAUGAACAAGACCACGGUACACGUGCCGGGGGUGCUGGCCGAGCGCCCGGACUUCUUUGCACUGAUCCUGAUCGCGCUGCUUACUGCACUGCUGGCCUUCGGCGUCAGCGAGUCCGCUCUGGUGAACAAAAUCUUCACGGCGGUGAACCUCUUGGUGCUGGGCUUCGUCAUCAUCGCCGGCUUCAUCAAGGGAAACAUCAAGAACUGGCAGCUCACGGAGAAGGACUACCUCGACCUCAUGCUCCCAGACGUGCCGGAUGAGUCCAGAAUAAAAGACUUCGGAUCUGGAGGGUUCGUCCCCUUUAAGCUGGAAGGGAUCCUGACUGGUGCCGCCACGUGUUUCUAUGCCUUUGUGGGGUUCGACUGCAUCGCCACCACAGGGGAAGAAGCCAGGAACCCGCAGCGCUCCAUCCCCAUCGGCAUCAUCGUGUCCCUCCUCAUCUGCUUCGUGGCCUAUUUCGGGGUCUCUGCGGCACUCACCCUCAUGGUGCCCUACUUCCUUCUGGACAAGGGGAGCCCGCUGCCCGAGGCUUUCAAGGCAGUGGGCUGGGAGCCCGCCCGCUACGCCGUCGCUGUCGGCUCGCUCUGCGCGCUCUCCACCAGCUUGCUGGGCUCCAUGUUUCCCAUGCCCCGUGUGAUCUACGCCAUGGCAGAAGAUGGGCUGCUCUUCAAGUUCCUCUCCAGCAUCAACAGCCGCACCAAGACUCCUCUUUCGGCCACUAUCACCUCCGGGCUCCUUGCAGCGGUGAUGGCCUUCCUGCUUGAACUGAAAGACCUGGUGGACCUCAUGUCGAUCGGCACGCUGCUGGCCUACUCCCUGGUCGCCGUGUGCGUGCUCAUUCUCCGGUACCAGUCCGGGCAGCUGAACUCCCCAAAGGCCAUGGAGAUGCUGGAGCUGAACGGGAAUGAGGAGGAGAGGGUUGUCAUGAACCCGACCAUCGCUGCCAUGGGUGCCAAGGAAAAAGAGAAGCUGUCCCUGAAGACACUCUUCAACCCGUCCUCAGACACCCCCACAGGGCUCUCGGGGCGCAUCGUCUAUGCCUGCGUCUCCGUCAUCGCCACCCUAAUCACAGUCAUCUGCGUGGUCCUGACCCUCAAGGUGAAUGCGCUGAAGGAGGCCGACGCAGGCUGGAUCUCGGCCCUGGUGCUGCUCGUCGUGGCUCUGCUCAUUCCCACCAUCAUCAUUUGGAGGCAGCCACAGAGCAAUGCGAGGUUGAACUUCAAAGUACCUUUCCUCCCGCUCCUGCCGCUCAUCAGCAUCUUCGUUAACAUCCUGCUGAUGGUGCAGCUGAGUGCCGGCACCUGGGCGCGAUUUGCCAUCUGGAUGGCCGUGGGUUUUAUGAUUUACUUUGGUUAUGGGAUUCGGAACAGCGUGGAAGGGAAGAAUGCGAAGGAGUCCUGUGCUGUGGCUGAGAAGCCUCUGCACCACCCCGAGCUGGACCUCAGCCCCGGGGCCACCGCGGUCUGAGGGAGGAGGCAGCCGCGAUGGACACCGGUACUCGGAGGACUCUGCCAGUAUUCCUGUGCUGGGAUGGGACUGCAACCCGCACGGCACAGGCAUCCCCCAGCCCGCGGGGAGCAAGCCCAGAGUCCCGCGGAGCCGGGCCGUACGCUGCCCUUUCCCCUCGCAGAGCAGAGGUUGCGGAGCCGAGGCCCCGGGCCGGGUGGGCGAGCUGGUGGCCCAGGGCUGCUCCCUGCAAUCCCCCCCGCCGAGGGGCAGUGACACCGGCACGGCCCUCCCACCGUGGAAGCUGCUGUCAGAAAUGCUGCUUUUCCUUCCCACGAGAAGCCCGUGUGAUGGUGCAGCUUUAUUCGUCCUGUCUGUCCGUGUGGCUGUGGUCACCUCCCCUGUGUGCUUCCCAAGCGCUGGCUGUGUAGGCGCAGUUGUGACCGUGCCCAGAGCCGUGCGGUGAGGCUGGAAGCGGCUCGUCCUGGUACUGCCGGCGCUCUGGGGCUCUCCAGCAGCACAGGGCUCAGCCGCCUGAGGCCCCACUCCAGUUUCAUGCCCCACGCUGAGCCCUGUGCUGCCGGAACCGCGCCGCUGGGUAUGAGCAUCUGGCUCAAUUGCCUGUGAAGAUCUCAGCAGUAUAGACAUGUCAGUGUCCGUACUCGUCUGCCUUUGUACGAUUGGUGUUUUAAUGUCAAUUUUUAUACCUAUUAAACUCUAAGUGUUUUUUAACCGC